GAGCGACCAAUCCGAAUGGUUCUAGCUGGUUCGCCGCGGCUCGCGCUUGCCUCGUUAAACAUUUCGGGUACUGUACUCCUACAACCCACUAGCGCCAUUGGUGACAAUUUCCUCCACUCGAUUCCAGUCUUUUGGCCACCUCCAAUAUCAACGAUCAAAGUUCCCCCCCCCACUACAAACGUCUCAAUCGACUUCUCUCGCGUCUUCUUUUUCCAAAAUACAUUAUCAUCUCUAAUAAAAGGCCUCAAAGCUACCCUGUGUCUUGUCUUUCUACACUCUCUCCUGUCGGAUUCUAGCCUUCCUGUGGUUUUCGUUUCUUCAAGCGAAACAAAUUCUGAACGAGUCGAAAAAGAGAGCACACGACUGAACGCUCAAAUACAUAUUUGCACCCAUCUACACAACCUAUAUAUACCCCACGUCGCCCCAUUUACGUCCUACGACUUCUCUCGAAUUCAUACUCGGUAAUCCGUGAGGUCGACAGUCCAGUCAACCUCACCCUUUUCAGCCAACACAAUGGCCGCAACCAGUGGAGUUUCGAACCAGCAGGAGCCUUACAAGAGCGCCACUGAGCAGUAUACCAACACUGCCAGUGCUGCUGAGACAGCGAGCGGAAACGCUAAUGGCAGCGCUGAGCUGUCCAAGGACGAGAUAGGAUGGUACUUUGUUGAGCAGUACUACACUACUCUCAGCAAGUCGCCAGAGAAGCUUCACCUCUUCUACGGCAAGCGCUCCCAGUUCGUCUCUGGCCUUGAGGCUGAGGUUGCCCCAGUCUCUGUCGGCCGUCCAGCUAUCCAAGAGCGUAUCAAGUCUCUUGAGUUCCAGGACUGCAAGGUCCGCGUCUCGAACGUCGACUCCCAGGGCUCUGACGAGACCAUCGUCAUCCAGGUCAUUGGCGAGACCUCCAACAAGUCUGCCGAGCUGAAGAAGUUCGUCCAGACCUUCGUCCUCGCCCAACAGCCGACCGGAUACUUCGUUCUUAACGACAUCUUCCGCUACAUCAACGAGGAGGCCGAGGAGGAGGUUGUUGAGGCUGCCGUCAACGAGGAGGCCGCUGCCCCAGCUACUGAGGACAUCGCUGAUGUCGAGAUGCCCAAGGCUCAGGCCAGCGUCGAGGAGCCAAAGGCUGAGGUUAUCGCUGAUGUUGUCGACAAGAAGCUCGAGCUUGAUGCUGAGCCUGCUGUCCUCAAGGAGCCCCAGACCAACGGCACUGCCCCUGCUGCUGCUGUUGAGGCCGUCGAGGAGACCGCCGCUGCCCCAGCUGCCGUCUCUCCUGAGGUUGCCGAGAAGGAGCUUGAGGAGGAGGCUGCCAAGACUGUCGAGAUCCCCAAGGACCCUCUCCCAACCCCAGCUGUCACCGAGGCCGCUGCUCCCAAGGCUGCCCCAGUCCCAGCCGCCCCAGCCAAGCCAAUGAGCUGGGCUAACCGUGCCGCCGCUGCUGCUGCCGCCGCUCGCCCCGCCAUGCCAGCUGUCCCACACCCGAAGACUGCCUCCCCAGUUCCCGCCCAGCAGCGCGCACCCGCACCUGCCGUAGCACCCGCCCAGGCUGCAGCCCCCGCCUCCCCAACCACCAACAAGGAGAACGAGGGCCCUCAGUCCCAGGGCUGGCAGACUGCCGGCGCUGACACCAAGCGCCAACGCCCACAGUCCAUCUCCGCUCCUCUCGAGAAGGAGGGCACGAUGGGUUACGUCCGCAACGUGACCGAGGCCGUCCAGGCCGAUGCUCUCCGUGCCGCUCUUGCCGCCCACGGUGAGCUCGUUUACUUUGACAUCAACCGCCAGAAGAACUGCGCAUUCGUUGAGUUCGCCUCCUCAGCCGGCUACCAGGCUGCUUUGGCUGCCAACCCCCACCACAUCGGUGGUGAGGCCAUCCUGGUCGAGCACCGCCGCCCAAAGUCCUCUGCUUAUGGAGGCGCCGCCUAUAACACCCGCGGAGGGAUAAACAACCGCGGCCGUGGUGGCUUUGAGCGCGGUCCAGGUGGGCAGAGAGGACGUGGCAACUUCGGCGGCGCCGCCCGUGGUGGUGCCCCUCGUGGACGCGGACAGAGCACCCCUACCACCGCUUGAGAGGCUACUAUUUAGCGUCUCGCGCGUCGCCUAACAUCUGACCGGCGCCCACGACGUCCCCUCUCCCCACCGUCGUCUAGGUUUUCCAAGAUCGACUUGUACUCUUAUCUCCGUAUCAUCACCACCAAUCACCAUACCGCCAGCA